ACGAGAGGGAACGAAGGUUGAUACGACGAAUGAGGGAGAGUGCUUUAGCAGGACCAUGUCGUAUCAACGAAGGGAAUGAAGGGGAGUUGAUUAUAGGGGAGUCCGACUUCCUAUUGCCUCAGGAACGGACAUUGAUGGUGGAGUUGAUGAAAAGGAGGCAUCGCGCCUAUGCGUUUACUGACGAGGAGCGUGACAGGCUGGAUGUGGACAAAAUACAUAUGAUCCGCAUCCACACUGUGCCACACGAGCCUUGGAACAUUAGAGGGGCGCGAUAUCCUAAUCCUGACGAGGAGAAGAAGGUGGUGGAUUACCUCGACGGCAAGAUACGUACGCACGUCGCCGAUUAUUCGAGUGGACCGUAUGCGUCCCCGUGGUUCUGCUUCAUCAAACCUAACGGGACGCUGCGGUGGGUGCAAGACUUGCAGAGGCUGAAUGCGGUAACCGUGCGGGAUGCUGGAGGACUGCCAAAUGUGGAUGCUCUGUCAGAAUCCUGUGCUGGAAGGCUUAUAAUCUCACUUAUAGACUUUUACUCAGGAUAUGAUCAGUUUCCAGUCUACCCGCCGGAUAGGCCGGUGACAGCUAUGCACACGCCACGAGGAUUAAUCCACAUGAACGUAGCCCCACAAGGGUGCACCAACGCGGUAGCAAUGGUCCAACGAGUCAUGAUUCGUGUUAUGCAGUCAGUCAGCCCUCAUAUCACACAACCAUACAUCGAUGAUUCGGCAGUGAAGGGGCCGGCAGUGAAGGAGAGCGACGAAGUCUCGCCAGGGGUAAGGCGCUUUGUUUGGAAGCAUAUCCAGGACCUCGAUAAGGUACUGAGCCUGCUCGAGGAGCAUAACUUCACAGCGAGCGGGGCCAAAUCCAGACACUGCAUGAGGGAAGCGACUAUCUUGGGGUCUGACUUUACGAAGACAGCCAUGCCAAGAGGAGGGAAGGGGACACGGCCGCCUCAGAGGCCGUUGGGAGCAUCAGGAGGAUAUGAGCGGCAUGGGCUUCGCCAUCGAGAGAGUACUCCGGUGUAUGAUGAUGGGGACAUCGAGCUAUUCCUGGACAGCUUCUGGGAUCAUGCGAGGCAUAUGGGCUGGACCGUGGCCCAGGCGAUUGAGAGACUGAGGGGAGCAGGCAGAUUCGAGGAGCCUGUCGCGCGGAUCCGUAGGGAGGCGACGACGAGAUCAGAGGUGGAGUGGAGGAUGCAGGAGCUGCGACCCUCACCUGUGGGACCUGAUGGCAGGCUGAUCCGCCUGGAGAUUGGAAAUGCGUCAGACUUCAUCCCCGCGUUUGAGUGGUUCAUGCAGGGGCAGGGUAUACCGGGAGAUGAUUGGAUGCAGACGCUACCACUCUGGAUCAGGAAGGCGGAAAGGCCACUGGCUAGCCAAGUCAGAAGCAUGGCCCAAGACUGGGAGAGUUGCAGGGCACAUCUGAGAGAGGCCUUUCGACGGCCAGAGCCCCCUCAGCCCAGAGUUGAGAGGCGUCAGAGGAGUCAGAGGCAGAGGGACCCUGAGCCAAGGGAGGCGAGACCAUCUCGAGGAGGACGAAAGGCCCUAGCUAGGAGAGAGGAGGAGCCAGAGCCAGAGGCCGAGGAGCGAGGCGUGUACCCUGAGUGUGGGUUGGGACCAGUGGAGUUCCAUCGUUUUGCCGAAGGUGAAUUGAGGAGGUCGGCAGCACGCACACAGGAGGGGCCGCCAACGUCUGAGGAGCCUUUGAGGGAGUUGGAGGCGCACUUGGAUAUCUCUCAGUGGAGAGCGUCGCCUCAGGGUGAGGAGCGUGGAGAGCAGGCAGAGGAGGUGCCACGAGAGGAGGUGCCGCAGGAGGAGGUCCAGGACACUCAGCGAGAGAGAGGGUUGGACGAUGAGGGAAAACGUGCAGGGAAGGAAGUGAUAGAGGUUGGAGAAGACACGCCCCCUCAGACGCCAGUGGUGGGUUUGAGACUCGGGGAUGCACCGGGGAACACUCGCCAGCUUCCUUCGCCAGUCAGAGUCGGGCUUAGGGUGGGAAGGAAGGCAGAAGAAAGGUUGGAUCGCAAAAUCAAGUUCCUGGCCAAGGCAACUUUUGACCGGCACUUGCUAUUGGAGAGCGAUCUGGCAGGAAAGAAGAUAAAGGAAGCAGGCCAUGGGGUACGCCUAGAGGUUAUGGAGAUGGAAAUCCAAGAACUCAGGGCAUUGGUGUCCAGUCCGGCAGCUAUCAUCGAGAGCCUGAGGCAGCGAUCUCCGGGAGAGGUGGACAAGCCAGAGAGCAACCGACAGGGAGAGCAGAGCCAACCAGGACAUGGUUUGCCAGGACAACCAUCUGCAGCAGAGACUAGCCAGGAGCCACCUAUGGGGAGAGUCGUCCUAGAACCAGAGGAGGCGAGAGCUCAGAGGGAGGCAGAGAGAGAGGCCUUCAAGUUCAGAGCCCCUACUGAGCUCGCGACGCUACCUAUAGCAGCUGCGGGCCUAGUCAUACCUUUGGCAGAUGAGGAGGGAUUACCACCAUCCAACAGUGAGCCGGCUCAGGGCUCGACAGAGGGAUCUAUGGAUGUGCUCAUUGAGGCGGUGCACUCGAUGCAGGAGGAGGCGAGUUUGUUUUCACCCGAGCGGAGGAUAGAGGAGCCUCUUGAGAGGGAAAUGAGGAUUGAGGCUGAGGGUGUCAUCGAGGGCGGGCUCCAGAGGUUGGGCACGCCUGAGUAUGGGCCAGAGGGGAUUGAGGACUGACCUAGACUGAGUACCCAGGAGUUGGAGACACGAGAGGAGCCCUUGGAUAUGCCUCAGAGCCAUGAGUUGAGCAGGGAGGCUAGCGAAGCACCAUCGUCG